UUUCUUCUCACUUUCCUGGAUUCUUUUUUUUUUCUCUCGUUUCACUUUCGAUCUCUUUGUCCGCGUCUGCGCUGUCGCCAUGAACCUCUCUUCCCUCGCAGUCGACCCCAAGCCCGUCACUGGCCCACGGUGGGCCUUCUUGGGGGCCCAGCGCAGGACCAUUCCUCCUCGCCGCCCGAACUUCGUCGUUUGCUCCUCCGUGGCGGCCUCGGCGUCGCUGAGCGUGGCCGAGUCGACCACCAGCACCCAGGGACCGCCGAGCCGGAUCGCGUCGCUGAGUCAGGUAUCGGGCGUGUUGGGCUCGCAGUGGGGAGACGAAGGCAAAGGCAAACUCGUCGACAUCUUGGGCGAGCACUUCGACAUCGUUGCUCGUUGUCAGGGUGGGGCUAAUGCUGGACAUACGAUCUACAAUGCAGAGGGAAAGAAGUUUGCCCUUCACCUGGUUCCCUCAGGUAUCCUUAAUGAGGAUACACUCUGUGUUAUUGGGAAUGGAGUUGUGGUGCAUCUUCCAGGGCUGUUUGAAGAAAUUGAUGGCCUGGAAUCCAAUGGGGUUCCCUGCAAGGGAAGGAUACUGGUGUCUGAUCGUGCUCACUUGUUGUUUGACUUCCAUCAAGUAGUAGAUGGUCUUAGAGAGGCUGAGCUUGCCAAAUCUUUCAUUGGCACUACCAAGAGAGGAAUUGGACCAUGUUACUCAAACAAGGUUAUCCGGAAUGGCAUUAGAGUAGGUGACCUGAGGCACAUGGAUACUUUUCCUCAAAAGCUUGAUCUUUUAUUGGCAGAUGCAGCUUCAAGAUUCCAAGGUUUUAACUAUGGCCCAGAAAUGCUUAGGGAAGAAGUUGAAACAUACAAGAGAUAUGCUGAGAGAUUGGAGCCCUUCAUUGCUGAUACUGUACAUGUCAUGCACGACGCCAUCUCAGAAAAGAAGAAAAUUUUGGUCGAAGGCGGUCAGGCAACCAUGCUAGAUAUUGACUUUGGAACUUAUCCUUUUGUAACUUCUUCUAGCCCAUCAGCUGGUGGGAUUUGCACUGGUCUUGGAAUUGCUCCAAGAGUAGUAGGCGAUCUAAUUGGAGUGGUGAAAGCCUAUACUACAAGAGUUGGUUCUGGUCCUUUCCCUACGGAAAUCUUGGGACAAGGGGGUGACCUCUUGAGGUUUGCGGGUCAGGAGUUUGGCACCACUACAGGUCGUCCUCGACGUUGUGGUUGGCUUGAUAUUGUGGCGUUGAAAUACUGUUGCCAGAUCAAUGGAUUUUCAUCACUGAAUCUCACCAAGCUUGAUGUGUUGUCGGAUCUCCCUGAAAUUCAAUUGGGGGUUUCUUAUAAACAUGUUGAUGGUACACUAAUUAAAUCAUUCCCUGCAGAUCUUCGUCUUCUUGAGCAAUUGAAGGUGGAAUAUGAAGUAUUGCCUGGAUGGAAGACCGAUAUUUCUUCAGUCAGAAAUUAUGCUGACCUUCCAUUGGCUGCACGCACAUAUGUGGAAAGGAUAGAAGACCUUGUUGGGGUGCCCAUUCAUUACAUUGGUGUUGGGCCUGGUCGUGAUGCCCUCAUAGUAAAAUAAUUUGAUUAUUGUUCCCUCUAAGAUGUCCAAGAGGAUUCUCACGCACUUAAGAGGUAAGAUGAUGCUAGAUGAAUUUUCCCUUUUAAGGUGUUAGAUUGCCUUGGAGAAAAGUAGAAUGUAAGGUAGGUUAUAUGCAUUUGAUGUAACAAUUUUAUGUUCUUGGUCUGUGGAAGGCCAUUUUGAAUCUUAUGUCUUGGGUUUGGCAACUUGGAGAAUUUUGGUGAAGUAUUCUAGCCUGUGUUCCCAACUGAUGUAGUGCUAGAGAAGGGGAGUUUUUUUGGAUAUUACAUUGGCAUCGAGAUGCUGAUUUUGUUGUUGUUGUUAUUAUUGGCUUAGUCAAUUGGUACCUGUUUGCCAUCCGCCACUUGCA